UUGAAUUCGUUGGUCCUUGAUCUGGAUUAUCCAGCGCUGAGGAAGAACAAGAACAUCGAUAAUUUCUUAAAUAGAUAUGAGAAGAUUGUGGAAAAAAUCCGAGCUUUACAAAUGAAGGCUGAAGACUAUGAUGUUGUUAAGGUGAAAGGUUUUGGAGAAGUGCAACUGGUUCGCCAUAAAAUGACACAGAAGGUUUAUGCAAUGAAGCUACUUAGUAAAUUUGAAAUGAUCAAGAGAUCAGAUUCAGCCUUUUUCUGGGAAGAAAGAGAUAUCAUGGCCUUUGCCAACAGUCCGUGGGUGGUUCAGCUAUUUUGUGCCUUUCAAGAUGACAAGUACUUGUACAUGGUAAUGGAAUACAUGCCAGGUGGAGAUCUCGUAAACCUUAUGAGCAAUUACGAUGUGCCUGAGAAAUGGGCCAAGUUCUACACAGCCGAAGUUGUUCUGGCCCUUGAUGCAAUUCACUCCAUGGGCUUGAUACACAGAGAUGUGAAGCCUGACAAUAUGCUUUUAGAUAAAUACGGGCAUCUGAAGCUGGCAGAUUUUGGCACUUGCAUGAAAAUGGAUGAAACAGGUAUGGUGCGCUGCGACACAGCUGUGGGAACCCCCGACUACAUAUCGCCCGAAGUUUUGAAAUCACAAGGGGGUGAUGGUUACUAUGGACGGGAAUGUGACUGGUGGUCUGUAGGAGUUUUCCUUUUUGAGAUGCUCGUUGGCGAUACUCCUUUUUAUGCGGACUCACUAGUAGGAACAUACAGUAAAAUUAUGGAUCAUAAGAACUCAUUACAUUUCCCAGAUGAUGUGGAAAUCUCGAAGCAUGCAAAGAACCUUAUCUGUGCCUUUUUAACUGAUAGGGAUGUGCGACUUGGGAGAAAGGGGGUAGAAGAAAUAAAGCAUCACCCUUUCUUCAAGAGUGAUCAGUGGAACUGGGACAACAUUCGAGAGACUGCUGCUCCUGUUGUUCCUGAGCUCAGCAGUGAUAUAGAUAGCAGUAAUUUUGAUGAUAUUGAGGACGACAAGGGAGACGUGGAAACCUUUCCAAUCCCCAAAGCCUUCGUGGGAAACCAGCUGCCUUUUAUAGGAUUUACCUACUACAGAGACAAUUUGUUGCUAAGUGACUCCUCUCAGUCUUGCAGAGAAACUGAAUCUGUGCAAUCUAGUAAGAAUGAGGACAGCAAGGAGUUUCAGAAAAAAAUAAGCAAGCUAGAAGAGCAGCUCAGUAACGAAUUACAAGCCAAAGAUGAACUAGAACAGAAGUACAGGUCUACUAAUACUCGUUUAGAGAAGAUAGUGAAAGAGUUAGAUGAAGAGAUAACUUCAAGGAAGAAUGUAGAGUCUGCAGUCAGACAGUUAGAAAGAGAGAAGGCUCUUCUUCAGCAUAAGAAUACAGAAUACCAGAGAAAAGCAGAACAUGAAGCAGAUAAGAAACGCAAUUUGGAAAAUGAGGUUAACAGUUUGAAAGACCAACUUGAAGAUUUAAAAAAGAGGAAUCAGAACUCUCAAAUAUCCAAUGAGAAGAUCAGUCAACUACAAAGACAGUUGGAUGAAGCCAAUUCUUUGCUGCGGUCAGAGUCUGAUACUGCAACCAGGUUAAGGAAGAACCAGACAGAAAGUACAAAGCAAAUCCAGCAGCUAGAGGCCAAUAAUAGAGAACUACAAGAUAAGAACUGUCUGCUAGAGAAUGCGAAACUCAAACUGGAGAAGGACUUUCUCAAUCUUCAAUCAGCUCUAGAAUCAGAAAGGAGAGAUCGAAGUCAUGGCUCAGAAAUAAUCAGUGAUUUACAAGGUCGAAUAACUAGCCUCGAAGAAGAAGUAAAAAAUGGAAAGAGGGCAUUAGCCAAACUGGAAAUGGAGAAGAGACAACUGCAGGAAAAACUUACAGAUUUAGAAAAGGAAAAGAGCAACAUGGAGAUAGAUAUGACGUACAAAUUCAAAGUCAUGCAGCAGAACCUUGAACAGGAAGAAGCUGAGCAUAAAGCCACAAAAGCACGAUUAGCAGACAAAAAUAAGAUCUAUGAGUCUAUAGAGGAAGCAAAAUCCGAAGCCAUGAAAGAAAUGGAGAAGAAACUUUUGGAAGAGAGGGCAUUAAAGCAAAAAGUAGAGAAUCGAUUGUUAGAAGCUGAAAAGCAGCGCUCCAUGUUGGACUGCGAUCUCAAGCAAUCACAACAGAAAAUCAAUGAGCUCCUUAGGCAAAAAGACAUACUGAAUGAAGAUGUGAAAAACCUGACGUUAAAAAUAGAACAAGAAACACAAAAGCGCUGUCUCACUCAAAAUGACCUCAAGAUGCAAACACAGCAGGUCAACACCUUGAAAAUGUCAGAGAAGCAGUUAAAACAGGAGAAUAAUCAUCUUCAGGAAAUCAAAUUAAGCCUGGAGAAGCAAAAUAACGAACUCCGCAAGGAACGUCAGGAUGCAGAUGGACAAAUGAAAGAGCUUCAAGACCAACUCGAAGCUGAACAGUAUUUCUCGACUCUGUAUAAGACACAAGUUCGAGAACUUAAAGAAGAAUGUGAGGAAAAGACCAAACUUUGUAAAGAAAUGCAGCAAAAGAUACCAGAAUUACAGGACGAGAGAGAUUCCUUGGCUGCUCAGCUAGAGAUUACUUUGACAAAAGCAGAUUCAGAGCAACUUGCACGUUCCAUUGCUGAAGAACAGUACUCGGAUUUGGAAAAAGAGAAGAUUAUGAAAGAGCUGGAGAUUAAAGAGAUGAUGGCCAGGCAUAAACAGGAACUUACGGAGAAAGAUGCUACCAUAGCCUCUUUGGAGGAAGCAAAUAGGACACUAACUAGCGACGUGGCUAACCUUGCUAAUGAGAAAGAAGAACUAAACAAUAAAUUGAAGGAAGUACAAGAACAAAUUACAAAGCUGAAAGAAGAAGAAGCAAAUGUAGGAAAUAUUAAAGCACAAUUUGAGAAACAAUUAUUGAAUGAAAGAACAUUGAAAACCCAGGCUGUGAAUAAACUGGCCGAGAUCAUGAAUCGGAAGGGUCCAGUCAAACGUGGAGCUGACACCGAUGUACGGCGGAAGGAGAAGGAAAAUAGGAAGCUGCAUAUGGAGCUGAAGUCUGAACGAGAAAAGUUAACCCAAAUGAUGAUCAAGUAUCAGAAGGAAAUCAAUGAAAUGCAGGCACAAAUAGCAGAAGAGAGUCAGAUCCGGAUUGAGCUCCAGAUGACUCUGGACAGCAAAGACAGUGACAUUGAGCAGCUUCGGUCGCAGCUGCAGUCGCUGCACAUCGGUCUAGACAACAGUAGCAUAGGCAGCGGACCUGGAGAUGCUGAGGCAGAUGAUGGAUUCCCUGAAUCCAGACUGGAAGGCUGGCUAUCACUGCCUGUUAGAAAUAACACUAAAAAAUUCGGAUGGGUUAAAAAGUAUGUAAUUGUAAGCAGUAAGAAGAUCCUGUUCUAUGACAGCGAACAAGAUAAAGAGCAAUCAAAUCCCUACAUGGUGUUAGAUAUAGACAAACUGUUCCAUGUCCGACCAGUCACCCAGACUGAUGUGUACAGAGCAGAUUCCAAGGAAAUUCCUAGGAUAUUCCAGAUUCUAUACGCUAAUGAAGGAGAGAGCAAAAAGGAACAGGAAUUUCCUGUGGAGCCCAUGGGAGAGAAGUCAAAUUACAUUUGCCACAAAGGACAUGAGUUUAUACCUACUCUUUAUCACUUUCCAACCAAUUGUGAAGCUUGCAUGAAGCCACUGUGGCAUAUGUUUAAACCUCCUCCUGCUCUAGAAUGUCGCCGUUGUCAUAUCAAAUGUCACAAAGACCACAUGGAUAAGAAAGAAGAGAUUAUAGCACCUUGCAAAGUGUACUACGAUAUUUCAACGGCAAAGAAUCUUCUACUGUUAGCUAAUUCUACGGAAGAACAGCAAAAAUGGGUGAGCCGACUGGUGAAAAAAAUACCCAAGAAGCCUCCAGCACCAGACCCCUUUGCUCGAUCUUCUCCCAGAACUUCCAUGAAGGUACAGCCAAACCAGUCCAUCAGACGACCAAGUCGACAGCUUCCUCCAAACAAACCAAGCUAACUGCUUUCUGUGAACGCAGACACAAUUCAAGGUGAUAAUUUUUUUCCCGUUACAGCAAGACUGAAACAUAUCCCAAAAUAUAUUAAAAAAUAUAUAUUUUCCUGAGAGAUUGUGUUAUAUAUAUCAGAGGUUUACAUUUUUGCUGCAGUAUAAAGUACUAAUCUCUGAGGGUUUUCCUGUAUUCUCCUGAGUGACUGAUCAAAUGAGGGUUGACUGGUAAAUAGUCAAAGGAUAUGGUAGGUAACCUUUUAAACUCUGUUCCACAAAAGCUUUCUUGGCAGGACACACACACACUACAUUUCAUAAAAGGAUCGAGAGGAAUGAAUGAUAAAAUGGAAGAAACUGACUUUUCAGCUUUUGUAAAGAUGCCACCAGCACGCCUGCAAGAAGACCAGGAGGAGGAUCCACCGUAGUGAUAUAGACUGCAUCUGUAAGAAGUGACCAUUAUACUGUGUAUAUAUAUUGUACUGUAAUACUGCAAGAGGGUUUUAAAAAUCUUUCCACUUUAUUUUUUUAUGCUUAUUAAUCAGAUACCGUUACUUAUUGCAGUUGCAACUAUGCACUUGUAUAAAGCCAUAACAUUGAAGUUUAAAUCAUUCAUCCACGU